AUGUCGAAUAGUGAACUCGUAUUGUCUUCUCGAGCGGUCAAGAUCAAGCGCCAAGCACAUAGAUCUCGGGCGAUCAUCGCGACCUUCCGACCGCAGACAUCCCCAGCCCGGCCGACUCUGCCAGCUCCUACCCACUCGCUCGCUAUAUAUAGACCGGUCCGGUUCGGUCGCGCACGGCCAUUCCAACAAAUUGAGCCCUCGUUCGCCAUUGACCAUUUCCGCCGACGCUGGGCCAUUUCUCGCCCGCUCCCCGCGUGA